AAAAAAAAUUGAUAGAAAAUAAAGAGUGACUGGUUUAGUCUUCUGAGAUUCAGAGAGAGCAAAAAAAAAAAAAGACAAUGGCUACAACAGAAACAAUCAUACAAGGAGCAAUUUUGGUGCUAACCUUGGUUAUUUUCUGGGCGAUUAAGUAUCUCUCUCAACGAGGCCUAACCAAAUUCCGAACCAAACACCGAGCUACACUCCAAACCCAGCGUCAGCUAAUCCAAGCCUCUCGUCUCCUAGCUCGAGCCCGAACCACACCCAAAAAAUCCCAAUCUCAAUCUCUCGCCAAAACGGCGCUCACCGAAGCUGAUAAUGUGAUCUCGAUUUCACCAGAUGAUGCCGCCGGUCACAUCGUCCGUGCCCUAGCUCUAGAUCUGCUCGGUCACCACACUUCUGCUCUCAAAUCGUUCGAUAUGGCGCUGACUUAUCCGCGUUUGAAGUCGCUUUCGGUUGGAGAACGUGCCGAUGCACUUGUGAAGAGAGCUGAGAUGAAACUGGCUGUGAAUCGGCGGCGGAGGAUUGAUUCGGCUAUCGAAGAUCUGGAAGAGGCGGUGAGGCUCGCCGCCGGUACAGAUACGGCGAGAUUAUUCCGUCUAUUAGGCGAGUGUUAUGAGUUCAAGGGCCUGAGUGAGAAAGCCCAUUGGGCUUUUAAUGAAGCUUUAAAAGCCCAACCGAGUUCGGCAAACGGGUCGUGAUGAAUGAGAUAGACCGGACUAGGCCGUGGCAUUUUUUUUUAAUCUAAUCUUAUUAGAAUUUCAGUUUAUACCCUGCUAUUUUUCGUUAAUUCGGUUUGUGAUCUUUAACUAGUAAACUCUCUCAUUUACCCCCAAA